UGACACACACACACAUACACACACAAACACACGGCUCCAACCCAUAGCUGCUAUCACACCACACAGGUCCCACACACCGUCUUCAGACUGCUGCCACCGGGACCUGAACGAGGCGUCAGGCGGGGAAACAAGCCCACGUUGUGCCGCUGGCUGCCGCCGCUGCCCCGGAGGAGCAGGGGGGGAGGCAUCAAUGCCUCCAGGUUCCGUCGCACAUACCCUGGAACUGUUCUCGUCAUCGGGCCUCCUGCGCUGAGAGAAUGAAAGGAUGGCCGAGCAGCGAUGCGGGGACCACGGAGGGCUGACGGAGGCUGCUGCAGCGACUCACCGGGAUGAGCAUCGCAACAAGAUGAAUCCAACGGAGGAAGCAGCAGUGGAGGGUCUCUCUUUGGAUAAGAUACUGGAGCUUUAUAGCCAGCCCAUCAAUGAGGAGCAGGCUUGGGCGGUGUGUUACCAGUGCUGCAGGACGCUGGCGAAGGGACAUCGGAGCUGGAGAAGCUCCUCCGCCGCCGCCUCCGCGUCUGCCGCCGCCGCCGCCGCCGCCGGAGCAUCACCCUCCGCGGCUCCGAGAAGGAUAUCCGGACCGGGGGAUGUUAGGAUACAGAAAGACGGCUCUGUGAGGGUGGAACACCCGAGCUGUGAAGGUAAAUACAGCCCUUGCACAACAACAGAGGUGAUUGAGUCUCUGGGCAUCAUGAUCUACAAAGCUCUGGAUUACGGGCUGAAGGAGAACGAGGAGAGGGAGCUGAGCCCUCCUCUGGAGCAGCUCAUCGACCUCAUGACCAACAUGGCCGAGGCUGAGAGGGACGCCUGCCCCGACGAAGGCUACGAGGCAACAGAGGAAGAGGAUGAGGCAGAGGAUGACCCUGACAACAUCUCUAGUGUCCAUGGUUACAGAGAUAUCCUUGAGCUGUGCACAGCUCAUCUACCCGGUCUAUCCGACGCCUCUAGCCACUACCAGGCAGUGUGCCGGGCUCUGUACACAGAAACCAGGGAGCUAAGUACUUUCCUGGAGAAGAUCAAGAGUGCCAAAGAGAACCUCCGUAAGAUGGAGGCAGGGCCAUCAGAGGAGCCUGACGGGGGCCUGAAUGAGCUCCAGAAUGCCGACUGGGCUCGAUUCUGGGUUCAGGUGAUGAGGGACCUGCGUGAAGGAGUCAAGCUGAAGAAGGUGCAGGAGCGUCAGUACGACCCUCUGCCCAUUGAGUUCCAGCUCACUCCCUACGAGAUGCUCAUGGACGACAUCAAGUCCCGACGCUACAAACUGCGCAAAGUCAUGAUAAAUGGAGACAUUCCACCCAGGUUAAAGAAGAGCGCUCAUGAAGCCAUCCUGGAGUUCAUCAGGUCCAGACCACCUCUCAAACCUGUGGCGGCUCGUAAGCUGAAGCCACAGACCCAGCUUCCUCCGACGCUGCAUGAACGCAUCUUGGAGGAAAUCAAAUCGGAGAGGAAACUACGGCCGGUGUCGCCUGGUGAGGUCCGCAGGGGAAGGCUGGGUCUUGGCAAAACUCGCAGUAUGCCACAGGAUUUGUUCCGUACUGGACUAGAGGACUUUAGUCCGUACAUGGGCAGGAGGACGUCCAGCUCUCUGUCUCUAUCCAACGGAUCAGCGUGUCCCAGGGGAGAACCCUCUGGAUCUCAGUCCGUCCCUCCGAGGAAAAGGCUCCUGAAGGCUCCUAGCCUCGCCGAGCUGGACAGCUCCGACUCUGACGAUGAGACUAUCGGGCGCAGAUCAGCCAGCAGCUCCAGCGUGGCUACCUCUGUGAUGGAUGAUACGUCCCCAGAGAGUGCUCUGGGAAAGAAAACUCCCCCCAUGUUCCUGCCCAUCUCUUCUACACCCCAGCCAGAGAGGCGUCAGACCCCCCAGAGGAGACACUCCAUCGAGAAGGAAACCCCGACCAACGUCCGGCUGUUUCAGCCACCCUCCAAAAAGAGUUCCAAGUCUCUGGUUGGGAUGAUAGCUUCCUAUCGUCCCUGGAUACCCCUCCUCCUCCUCCUCCUCGGCCCUUCUUCCUCCACUCUUCACCAUUUGCAGAGCUCCCACCCUAUGGAGGCCUUUGUGUUGGGCUUGGUGAAGGCAGUUUUUGCUCUGUGCAGGGGCGUUUACGUCACAGGAAGAGAGUCGGCCAAGGAGGAGUUCUGUUUCCCCGUGGAGUGUCUGUCUCUGACGGUGGAGGAGGUGAUGCACAUCAGACAGGUGCUGGUUAAGGCCGAGCUGGAGAAGUUCCAGCAGUACAAAGACAUCUACAACGCCAUGAAGAAGGGAAAGCUUUGCUUCUGUUGUCGAACCAAAAGGUUUUCCUUUUUCACCUGGUCCUACGUCUGUCAGUUUUGCAAAAAGCCUGUGUGUGCACAGUGCUGCAAAAAGAUGCGGUUGCCAUCCAAACCUUAUUCCAGCUUGCCCAUCUACUCCAUUGGCUCGACCAACACUCUCCCCAGGGAGAGGGUGAGUGGCAUGGCUGCCGUAGGACAGGGACUCUCAGUGGUCGGAGGGCCAGGGUCGGGGCCAGGCUCGGGGCCGGGGCCGGGGCCGGGGCCGUCAGCAGCAGGAAGGGCCACGGAGUCUCCCACUUUGAAAGUAGAAACAACAGGGGCAUCUAAAGGAGCUGGAAAAGCCUCUGGAGCAGCAGCUGCUGCCGCAAAGUCUGAAAAAUCCUCCGGAAGCCCGAGGCGCCACAGCAUCCACAAGACCAUAUCCAAGCUUUCGAAGCACGGCUCUCUAAAGUCCCAUGAAGAACUGGAGCUCCCCUCCGAGCUGACAGAGGACUGGGCCAGCAUGGAGGUGUGUGUAGACUGCAAGAAGUUCAUCUCUGACAUUAUCGCCUCCGGCAAGCACAGCCUGUCCCUGGCCACCAAGAGGGCUCGCCUAAAACGCAAGACCCAGUCCUUCUACUCCCCUAAAGGGAGGGAGGAGUACCGGCCCUCUGAGCGGACAAUCAAGGAGAUCUAGAACUCUCACUCAUCUCUCUUUCUGGCUUCUUUCAGCUACUAUGGCACAAUUAUAAAGUCUCAACAUUGGAUAUGAACUGUGAAACUUCAAUCAGAUAAAACUGUCAAAAUGGCGGACGUGAAACUCAGUGGUGGACAGUGUGGUUUUUGUUGCCGUGUCCUGAGCACCGUGUACAGCUCCUUUACACCUCAGCAUACUGUGGAUCUGCCAAUCAAAUUUCUUUUUUUUUACAGCAAAUCAUAGACAAUCCUUUAAUCUCUGGCCACAGGCUUUUGAGUGGAGAUGCGAAGAACUGUUGAGACAACAAAUGGCGUCCGAGUGGAAGGACUUCCCUCCCCUCUAGUCAUCCCAACUCACAUUCAAAUCAACAAGCACAAGACAGAAGGACUUCCUCUGGCACUGGCACUGGCACUGCAGCCGACACCAGGCCGGCAGAGGGAUCAUAUUGUACAGUAACUGACACUCAAGAAAAUAUGGAAUAUUAAACUGUACAUUUUAUAUGGGCUUUAUUUUAGUAUUUUCCACAUUUGUUUACGGUAAAUGAUUGUUCAAAGAAGUCACCCUCCGCUUUUAAUUUUGACUUUUAUUUGGCUGAUGAUGCUCCAUCACUGUCCUCUUUGCUAAGCACACUUGAAAGCAUGCAUAUCUGUUUUUCUAUUUCCUCACAUCCGUUUUUGCUGUUUUUUCUUCUUCUUAAAAAUCGGUUUUCAUGCUGAUUUAGUGCCAAAUGAUAACAUCUUUCUAAUCUAUGUCACCCAAAGAAAAGUGAUGUCCCCCGACGUAUGUUUGCAGUUGUCAUGCCACAAAACUAUAAGACAACCUGGGCUAAACGUUCUUAUUAAAGCCUCUGAAAACGUGGUUUCAAAUCUCGAUAUUUCAAAAUGAAUAAUCAGGACUAAAUUAGCAUUGAAAGUGAAAGUGCUCUGGCAAGUAGACUUGUAAGAGACAGAUUAUCAAAAAGAAAGGUGAACAUUGAAGUUGCAGAGGCUGAUAUAGUGUAUCCCUUCUGUGUGUGUGUCUCUGUGUCCAUUAGUCCCUAUAUGGGUCAAGCUUAAACAACAUUUCCCAUGAUGCAACUCCACCUUUGUUAAAACGUUCCUGACUAGUAAAUACCCACAACUUUCUAAAUCUACAAGAAUCUAAGAUGAGUCCAAAAUAACCCUGAUGACAUCAUCAGGGCAGCUCCCUCCAGAGCCACAGAAGACAUUUUACAACUUGUUUUCACAGACUUCUCCUCCUCUAAAAAUCUUCUCUAAUCUUUGUGUCAAAUCUGAGAAUAUCUCCUAUAAACCAACUGUCAGUUUAAACAUAGCUAAAUCCUGAUUGGUGCAAGGAACUACAUGACAUCAUCUGCGUCCAACCUAGCCCCGCCCACUUCAACAAGUGAGAGGAGCUUAAGCCAAACAAAAACCACAGAAAUCGCUCAUAAAAUAACCCAAACUAUUCUAAAUUUAACAAAAGUUUCUGUCACUGGUCGUGAGAAACCCACUAAAAACAUAAAUUAAAAAAAAUACAUAUACAUAUGUUUGUUUUUUAGGGCCUUUAAAGCACAUUUCUUAACCAUACGUUCAUGUUCAUCUACAACUUACUUAAAUAACUCAGAUGUGCAGAAAAGCGGGUAUAAAAACAUUAUUACCUGCAGUACUAUGUGGAAGAUCUUACCUUUAAAUAAUUUACAUGAAAAAAAAUAUAUAUAUAUAUGUAUAUUUUUAGGGCCUUUAAAGCACAUUUCUUAACCAUACCUUCAUGUUCAUCUACAACUUACUUAAAUAACUCAGAUGUGCAGAGAAGCGGGUAUAAAAACAUUAUUACCUGCAGUACUAUGUGGAGGAUCUUACCUUUAAAUAAUUUACAUGAAAAAAUCGACAUAUUUUAGCAUUUUUUAAUGUACCUUUGCAUUGCAAAUAAAUAGCAUAUAUUAACUAAUUUACUUUUCUUUACAUUAAGUUCCUGACUUGUAUUUGUGUAAGGAUUAGUCAUAUGAAAGAUCCUUUACACAAAAUAUUGCGUUUUUCAAGCAGCGGCAAUAUGAAACUGUACACACUUCCUGUCUCCGAAAAGGGCGUGGCCUCAUUUGAACGUGUACUGAACGUUAUGUGGAUGGAUGAAAAGUAAUAUUUGAAUAAUGUAUUCAUAUGUUCUUUUGCUAACGUUUGGUUCUUACAGUACACAGCCAAAGGACAUAUUUAUUAGUUUUAUUAUUUAUUAGAUUAGUUUUGUUAGGGCAUUCAAGAUCUCGCGAGAGUUGGGUCCAGAGACAGAAACAGAAUGUUCUGGAGAUAGGUGGCUUGUAAGAAAUGGCGCCAAUUAUAUACUUUUGCUCAUAAUCAGUGUUUACGUUCACGAGACGCCCACGUGACACAGAUCCAGGAAACUACUCUGAGUUGGGGUGUCUCGGUUCUAAUAAAACCCCUUAUAUUCAUGUUUUUUCACAGUUUAUGAAACCCUAAUAAGUAUACAGGCAGCAAAAAAAUAACAUUAUUGCAACAUGCACUAUAAGUCUAAAUGUAAUGCCUUUAUGAUUUCUUCAUUCAGAGUCUCAUUGGCAGAAACGAAUUACCUGUCUUUUAGCCUGGAUGUUUCUUUUACUCUUCAUCACAUUCCUCAUCUUCCUCCUUAAGAUAUUUCUGCCUUAAGAAUUGCCUUUUAUAAUCACGCUCAUAUGUUGAACAUUCAUCUACUGUAACUGUACAUACUUUUCUAAUGGUUUGUUUGUAGAUCAGGUGUGUGUGUGUGUGUGUGUGUGUGUGUGUGUGUGUGUGUGUGUGUAUCUGUGUGUGUGCGUGUGUGUAUCUUGACAGUGAGACAGCUGUAGAUCCGUGUCUCUGAGAGGGGAACUACCCCAGUACCGUGUGUGCGGGGGAGGAGUAGGACGUCCACAGGAGAAACCUCACAGCGUGACUGCAUCAUGCAUGUACUACGACGUAGCUUGUACCCUCAGUCUGUAUUACCUUUAAGCUGUAACUCCCUGCAGAGAGCGCAAAAAACGACGACUACAACAAUAAACUGUAAUGCAAUACUUGA